AUGUCGCUAACGAAUUAUUAUUCCAUGAUGGGGCUCCAGACCGAGGAGCCGUACGGUGCACAUUUCAUUCCGGGAGGCUUGCAGGGUUCGACGGUUGGCUGCGCAAAGCCAGCCCGGGGAGCGGAGGAGGAGGAGGGGACCCCCGGCUCACACAUUCCAGAUUUUUCACAUUUUUCCAACAAACAAACGAGCUUAAAUGGCUUUUCUCCUUGGACAAACACCUCCGCUUCCUCCCCGUCUUCUUCCCAGCAGCUGCAAUCCGCCCCCGGCGCCACCUUCCCCGGCCUUUUUCAUCCACAUCACCUCCUGAGCCACCACCACCCCUACUACGGCCCACAGACGCAGACCCACGCCGAACACCUCGCGUCCUCGGUCGCUUCGGAGAGCAGGUUCGUCCGCUGUUGGGAGGGAGCGACUCCCACGUCGGAGACCGCUCUGUCACAAGCUCCGGCCGGUUUCCCCGGGUGUCUCCCCGCUCAGGGUGACCUCUCCGAUCCGAGCCCGCGGUACGAGGCGGUCAAACCCGAGAGCUCGCCGCCGUCCCACGACAGCCCCGGAGACUCCAGCUUCGCCAGCCCGGCCGAGGUGGUCCUCGAACGCCUCGGGACCGUGGAGGAGCUGGGAGGAAAGCCCGAGUCCAAGACGGAAGACGAGGAGAGAAAAACACAGCAGCAGCGUGACCCGGAGAAUCCGUCAGCCAGUUGGAUCCACGCCAAGUCGACCCGGAAGAAGAGGUGCCCGUACACCAAACACCAGACCCUGGAGCUGGAGAAGGAGUUCCUCUACAACAUGUACCUGACCAGGGACCGGCGCCUGGAGGUGGCAGGACUCCUGAAUCUGACCGAGAGACAGGUCAAAAUCUGGUUCCAGAACAGACGGAUGAAGAUGAAGAAGCUGAUGAUCCGGGAGAGGAGGAGUAUGAACGACUGA